GUGAGCGUGCAUGCUGUGUGUGGGCGUCUGCACUCAGCAAAAGUCAGAUUAUAUUCAGCAGUUGGGCCGGCUAACUACCUUGCAUGCACUUAAUUUGGCCUUGCAAACUUCAAGCAAUCGUAUCCUGCAACUCAUCAAGCUUCAUCAUGUCUGUCAAGUGUCGCAGAUGGGUCCUCAAGAGCCACUUCAGUGGCAUGCCCAAGAGAGAAGACCUUGAUCUAGUGGAGGAAGAGCUGCCACCACUCAAGGAUGGAGAGUACAUGUGUGAAGCACUAUGGCUGUCUGUGGAUCCUUACAUGCGUCCGUACAGCAAAAGAUUUCCUGUGGACACCACUAUGAUCGGUGCACAAGUAGCAAAAGUUACUGAGAGCAAGUCUUUAAAAUUCGCAGUGGGAGAUUUGGUGUCAGGAUCCUUAGGAUGGAGAUCACACACGAUUGGCUCUGAGACGACUAAGGUGCGUAAGCUCGACUCAACCCUGUACACGGACAGAGCGUCCACAGCUGUUGGAGUACUAGGAAUGCCUGGAGCUACUGCCUAUUUUGGAUUUUUGAAUAUUCUUGCACCCAAAGAGGGAGAGACGUUGGUGGUCAAUGGUGCUGCUGGAGCUGUGGGCUCUCUUGUCGGACAGAUUGCCAAGAUUAAAGGCUGCAGGGUAGUAGGAUUUGCUGGCACUGAUGAAAAAGUGGAAUACAUCAAGGGACUGGGAUUCGAUGAGGCGUUCAACUACAAGACCAUGGGGUCUAUGAGUGAGACACUGAAGAAGGCUUGUCCCAAAGGCAUCGACAUGUUCUUUGAUAAUGUGGGUGGCGAGUGGUUUGAAACUGUUCUGACUCAAAUGAAUUUAUUUGGUCGUGUAUCGAUUUGCGGGGCUAUUUCUGAGUACAACAUAGAUGAACCAAAAAGCCGAGCCGUCAAUCAGUUGAUCCUCUUUAAUCAGCUCAAGGUUGAGGGGUUCAUUGUGAAUCGGUGGCUCAAGGAAUGGCGGGAAUGUUUCAUGCAAAUGAGCCAAUGGAUUGCAGAGGGGAAACUCAAGUAUAAAGAAACUGUCACUGUGGGAUUUGAAAAUAUGUUUGAUGCUUUCCUCGGGCUUUUCACUGGAGCAAAUACAGGAAAGGCAGUCGUCAAAGCUUGAAUGACUGUAGAUGCUAUAGAUGCUAAUUUUGUUGUGUGCAACUGGUAGAGUAGUAUCAAGAUGUUUACUUUGUGUAUUUGCAAAACUUUAUUCUCGAGUUAUACCUAUAGUUUUGUUUGCCAUUGCAACCUUUUUAGUAGUAAAACUUGUCUAUAGAA